CACACGCACACUUGUCCUAAACAUGACUUAAAAAAGAGGCGAAUUUUGAGGUUAUCAAAUCAAGGCAUUGACAUGGAUUGCUCCAUUUCCAUGAUAUUUGUGUAUUUCAAAAAUCUAUAUUAUGGCUGGAUUGACUUUGAUUCAAGAUUAUUCUUCGGGUUCUGAUGAAGACCCAGAAAUAUUAAAUGAUGAAGAUAAAGCGUUUUUAAACACUGAAACUUUAAAGCCAAAGCUACCUUUACCAGAAUCUAUUUUAACAUGGAAAGGAGUUACACAUCAUGAAGAAAUUGUUGAUGAUCCCUUAGAACAUGAUGGACGAAUAAGGUCCUUCAAACAUGAGCGAGGAAAUUGGGCCACAUUAGUUUACAUAGAUUACAUUCCAAGUGAAGAAAUGCAAUUAUGGAUGAAAGAAGUGCUAGAUCAGAUUACUCAAACAGGUAACAUUUUUCAAGAAUUCCAUGUGAGUCUUACACGCACACUAGUAUUAAAAUUUCAUUGGAUUGAUUCUUUCAUUGAGGCUGUGAAAUCUCUAACUGCAUCUUACCAGAGUUUUGUGCUAGAGUUAGGCAACAUGGAGAUCUAUAGCAAUGAGGAAAAAACUAGAACUUUUAUAGGUAUCAAAAUUCAAAGUGCAAAUGAUUCUUUACAAAGGUUAACAGGUGCUCUUGAUAAACUUCUGGAUGAAUAUCAGCUACCUUCAUUUUAUGAGGAUGCAUCAUAUCACAUAAGUUUUCUCUGGUUCCUUGGCGAUCAGAGAAAGACAUUGGAAGCUCUUCUACCCACUUUUACAUCAAGUUUCACUGAUUUUCUAGAUGACCAUCCAGAACAACGGAGUAUGCAGGUUAAGAAAUUAAAAUGCAAGAUUGGAAACAAACUAUAUAGUUUAAAAUUAGCUUAAAUUAUUUUGUACAUGAGUGAGAAAUAAAUAUUUUAUUAUAUACAGAUUA